AUGAUCCGUUUCAAGAUAGAUGGUCAUCAGUUUUCUCGGAUACCAUUUCCUGGGAUGUUUUUUCCAAUCAAUGUAAAAAAUUUCUCCGAAGAUGUUAUCAAGACCAGCCAAGAGAAACAACCCAAAAAACCAUCAGCUGGCCCCCAGCGUCCACUUCGUCCUUCAGCACGCCCCGUUAAUAACAACAGAGCUCUGCUCCGGUAUAACCCUCGGGAAGCUAGAAAGAUACAAGCACUAUACCGUUUAUCAAAGAAGCGUGCGGCUAGGCAGGUCCUAAAUAGUAAUUCACCAUCUUAUACAGGAUCAACUGAUGAUGCUAACACCUUCUUCACCAAUGUGUUUGGAGAAAAACAUUGUAAUGCCGACGAAGUUAAACAUGGUUUGAAUGAUUUUGUACCUUCUUCUCCCGUUGACGAGAACCUGUAUGCCCCUGUCUCCCCCAAGGAAGCCGCUAAGAAACUCAGAUCCCUUUCCAACUCUGCCCCGGGGUCCGACAAAGUAGAAUAUUGGCAUCUUCGCUCAGUUGACCCAAAAUGUACCAUCCUAUCAAAAAUAUUCAAUCGGUGUAUAGUUGAGAGAGAUGUACCUGAAAUGUGGAAAACAUCAUCAACCAUCUUAAUCCACAAGAAAGGCGAUGCAAGUGACGUUUGCAACUUCAGACCAAUUGCGUUGAUGAGCUGCAUUUACAAGUUGUGCAUGAGCAUAAUUGCUAAUCGUCUGGUCACCUUUUCUGUCAGUAAUAAUCUUCUCGCUGAUGUGCAAAAGAGUGCUCGCCCUUCCGAAGGUUGCUACGAACAUACCUACAUCCUCCAGUCCUUUGUUCUCGAUCGAAAACGACAUGGUAAAGACCUACACCUGUCAUGGCCUGAAAAAUGCUUUUCGAAGCAUUUUGCAUGAUGUUAUCCAAACUACCUUGGAACAUCUCGGAGUCCCAGACGGUAUUGUCGAGCUUGUGAAUAAUGUUUACAGCAAUGCAACCACGGUAGUUACAACACCUUCUGUUACAACUCCUCCUAUCCCCUUAUUAGCUGGUGUGAAACAAGGAUGCCCACUUUCUCCAAUCCUAUUUAAUCUAUGUGUUGAGAUAUUCUUUGUUCCAUCGAUGCUAAAGGCCAAUCAAUCGCUCCACUCAAACACCAUGGAUGUCACAUCUCUGUUCUAGCAUACGCCGACGAUUUGGUCAUUAUUGCCAAAAAUGAACGUAAACUCCAGCAACUCCUUGAUGCAGCGUCUACAUCGGCAUCCUUGAUUGGCCUAACAUUCAGAUGA